GGGCCAGGCCGAAGGCCGCGAAGGACAAUUAUUGUCUACUAUGCUCUGUAUGUCUAAGCACGUGAAUAAGUUUCUACUCAAUUGAUUACCGCCAAUUCAGUCGCGAGUGCAAUUAAUUACCGAGACUAGCGCCGGCAAUCAGUUUGUGAUCCGGGUGAUUUGAUACAAUUUCGAUUGAUUUUGUGGGGCUGGUGUUUUUCUCGAGUCUCUGACGGAUAGAUCAAAUUACCAGAGCACGUCCACCGAAAAUCCAAGGCGAUGGGAGUCGACGUUCCAAUCCCUUCGAACGAGAGACUUCAAGAAGACCUACAAAACCUGAAGGAAUGGAUGUCCAAAGAGCCACAUCUGCCGAAAAUCGACGACGACGCCUGGCUGAUGACGUUUUUAUACAACAAUAAAUUCAGCCUCGAAAAGACCAAGUUCAAGCUGGAGCGCUACUACACCUUCCGCACGAAAUUCCCCGAGAUCCUGAAAAACCGGGACCCUGACGCCCCUGAAAUUUUAAGCAGCUGCGAGAAUGACCCCAUGGCACUCUCCAGCGAGAAAACAGAGGACAACUCUCGCAUACUGUAUAUUAGGUACGGGGCCGACGCGAGCAAGCUGGACGCGACGCAGUACGCGAAGCGGAUCUUCAUGCUCCUGGACUCGAUGCUCUUAAACGAGGAGGACCGAUUGGCCAGUCUGAUCUCCAUCACGGAUUUCCGGCAGUUCGGCCUCUCGCACAUCCUCAAGGUGACGAUGGUCCUGGGCAAGAUCGCCGAGGUCUUCACCGACGCCUACUCGGAGCGGCUCCGAGCCGUCCACCUCCUCAACGUCCCGAGCUUGGCCGAGAAGUUCAUCGAGACCAUCAAGACUUUCUUCCCGAAGAAGAUCUCCGAUAGGUUCUACGUCCACUCCUGCCCGGAGAAGACGCUCCUCGCCAUGGUGGACAAGAGUGUCGUCAGCCGGGAUUUCGGCGGCGAUGGACCCAGUUUGACUGAUCUCCAAGAUUCCUCGAUGAAAGAGAUACGAAAGCAAAAGAAAUGGUUCGAGCUGCAAGACGAAGUUUGCACAAACGAGGCGCUUCGACGGAUGGAUGAUAAAAAAUUGGAAGAAAUGAAGGGUUCCUUCAGAAAGUUAGAGGUCGAUUAAGAAAGCCAUGGAAGUCUAUUGGUUACUUAAACAAUGUUUCACUAUAGCCGAUCAAUAGGCACAUUUCAACUUAUUUUCCAAAAAUCUCUUCUACAAACUCUAAUAAGUUAAAACCAAAGUAUCGGAACUCGAUUCACAAUUCAAUUUGACUUACCAAAUGCUAUAUUGCGCGAUCGGAUGAUAAAGUCUACAGUUUAUAGUUUUCUAAGGAGAUUUUUAGGGAACAGCCAGUCAAAAUUUGUCUCUAGACGUUCUAUUCUUCCGUUCUUUGUUUAGAAGUUUAAAAAAUAGGAAUUGGACUGCUUUUUGCAAUUAGGAAUCACAAUUUUCGGCUUGUUUCCGAAUCAGCUUAUGUGCUUUUAGCUCCCCUUUACAGAUAGGUGUUUUCAUCCGUGAGCCUGAAAUUUUAGUUCCUUAUUGCAAAACGCAGUCUAAUUUUGGCUGAUUUGUUUGUAUCUCAAUGUUUGGUCACGCCCGGUACAGAUUAUCUGAAAAUAGAGGUGUGUGGAUAUGAGGAGAUAUAGUAGUUUUUUACGAGUUUUUAAAUUUUACCUUGAUUUUUAUGUAGAAUGUUCAUUUUUCCGAAAAUCCGAGCAGAUUGUACAAUUUAUUUCCAACUGCGCGUUUUCCAAUGCCCAACUUUGAAGAACACUUUUGUUUACUUUUGAAGACUUAAUCCAGCACCAAAGAAAACAGGCUUAUGAUUUAAGUAUAAUUUUAGUAAAACCACCAAUUAUUUUAAGUUUUUCAAUCCGGAUAAAUUUUUUUUGGACCGCUCUGUCUCCUCCGGUUUGAGAGAGUCUCCCUUUUGAUCAUAAGAGGGAGAAAAAAAAAUAGAAAAAAAAAACCGUUUUGUUUUAGGAUUAUUCAUCAGUAAGGAUAAGUUUCUAUCUUAUAAGUAAGUACAAUAGUGCUUAGUCUACACUAUUUUACGGGGAAAAUAAGGCCCAAAAGUUCAAACUUUUCAGUUGGAGUAAACAAUUUUUAGCUCCAAUGACUGCAUGUACAAGACUGAGGGGGAGAGUGCUCAACUAGGCAGUUUACUAUGGAAUAUGAACACUCUGCCCCCUAAGUCUUUACUGGUACUUAUUAGAGCUCAAAAUAUUUGACUCUAAUUGCAUUUUUUUAGCUUUUUGGCCUUGUUUUUCCCGCAAACUAAUAUUGACCUAGCACACCUUGUUAGUUACAUACGUUCGGGCUACGUUUUUUUAGUGUUUUUUUUAUCUAUUUUAUGGACGUUGAAUUUGUAUUUAUUGUUAAUUAAAUUUAAAAUGGAUACUUUUACGGAGUCCCGUCA